AUGCAGCAAUUCCUCAUCUCUUGCCUUUGCAUAUUGUAUAUGGUUUUCGUCAAAGCGGUUGGAGCAGGACAAGAUACGUGCGCAGAAUCUAAGUGCAGUGAUGAUCAUGGCCUGGCUAUCCAUUUCCCGUUCCACCUUGAACAUCGUUGUGGUGAUCCUGGCCUUGAAUGCAGUGGUAGACAGGAGAAGGUUCUUGAGGAGCAAGUAGCACUAGUAAAAUUCUUUGUCAAAAGCAUAGAUUACAAGCGUGGGCUAAUCGAACACUUCCCUGCCCUACAGUCUUGUACAAGGAUGUAUGAUGUUUUAUCAGUUCCAUUUGGGAAUUGGGUUGGAGGUGACCUCUCUAUGCUUCGCUUCAAAUGGUCUGAACCAAAUUGUACCGAAUGUGAAGCAGAGGGCAAGAGGUGUAGAUUGAACAAUAAUGGCAACAAAAGUGAAGUUGAAUGUAUUCACUUGAGGAAAGCAAGCAAAACAAUGGAAUUUGUGGCAACGGGUGCAACGCUGGGUUCAUCCCUUCUUUUAGUGCUGGUCAUUGCAGUGUAUCGUGUCUAUAGCGCUGAUCAAAAGGAAAAAGAGAAUCAACUGAAAAUCGAAAGGUUUUUAGAGGAUUACAAAGCUCUCAAGCCAAGCAGAUAUUCAUACGCAGAUAUUAAGAGGAUCACAAAUCAGUUCAAGGACAAGUUGGGCCAAGGAGCCUAUGGAACUGUUUUUAAAGGAAAGCUUUCUUCUGAAUUCUUUGUUGCUGUGAAAGUACUUAACAAUUCUAAGGGAAAUGGGGAAGAGUUCGUAAACGAAGUGGGAAUGAUGGGCCAUAUCCACCACGUCAACGUAGUUCGCUUGGUUGGCUUUUGUGCUGAUGGAUUUAGACGAGCUCUUGUUUAUGAGUUCUUCCCCAAUGGUUCGCUGCAGGAUUUCAUUUCAUCAGCGGAUAGUAAGAACAGUUUCCUUGGUUGGGAAAAGUUGCAUGAUAUUGCUGUAGGCAUAGCCAAAGGAAUUGAAUAUCUUCACCAGGGAUGUGAUCAAAGAAUCCUCCAUUUUGAUAUCAAACCCCAUAAUGUUUUGCUAGACCACAACUUCACUCCAAAAAUUUCUGAUUUUGGUUUGGCCAAAUUAUGUUCCAAGGAUCAAAGUAUGGUGUCAAUGACUACAGCUAGAGGCACCAUGGGAUACAUUGCACCUGAAGUGUUCUCUAGGAAUUUCGGAAAUGUGUCUUACAAGUCAGAUGUCUAUAGUUUUGGAAUGUUGUUGCUAGAGAUGGUAGGAGGAAGGAAGAAUAUUGGUUCAAGCACAAAGGACGCAAAUGAAAUUUACUACCCAGAAUGGAUCUAUAAUCUUCUAGAAGGAGGAGAUGACCUACGAAUCCAUAUUGGAGAUGACGGAGAUGGUAAAAUCCCGAAGACACUUGCAAUUGUAGGGCUCUGGUGCAUCCAGUGGCACCCGGUGGAUCGUCCGUCUAUGCAAAUAGUGGUUCAUAUGUUAGAAGGAGGAGAUAACUUGGCCAUGCCUCCUAAUCCUUUUGUCUCUGCAGGUCCUACAACAACACAUGCAAGCAUCCCAGCAAAUCGCCUUGAGUUAGAAGCAAUUCCUGAGUUAGAGUAA